AUGGAGCGAGGCCUUAGACAAGGAGAUCCUUUAUCUCCUUUUCUUUUUCUUUUGGCUGCUGAGGGUUUGAAUGUGUUGAUGGAAUCUUUGGUAGCGGGUAACUUAUUUGAGGGGUAUAAAAUUGGGGAAACUAAUACUAUUUCGGUGUCGCAUCUUCAGUUUGCGGAUGAUACUCUGCUUCUUGGGGGGAAAAGUUGGGGUAAUGUACGGGCUUUGCGAGCUGGUCUAGUGUUGUUUGAGACUAUGUCUGGUUUGAAGGUUAAUUUUAACAAGAGUAUGCUGGUGGGGGUGAAUAUUCCUGAAUCCUGGUUAGGCGAAGCUGCGUCUGCUCUCUGUUGUAGAGUGGGAAAGAUUCCUUUCGUUUAUCUGGGGCUGCCUAUUGGGGGUGAUUCGCGGCGUCUGAGCUUUUGGGAACCGGUGUUGGAUCGUUUAAAAACUCGAUUAUCGGGGUGGAAGAGUCGUUUUCUUUCUUUUGGUGGUCGUCUGGCACAGAUUACAGAUAGAUGGCAGUGGCAGCCAGAUCCUGAUUCAGGUUACACUGUUCGGGGAGCUUAUGAGCUUUUGACUACUUUUGACUCAGUUACUAUGGAUGAUGCGGAGAACCUCAUUUGGCAUUCACAGGUCCCAUUGAAGGUCUCCAUAUUUGCGUGGCGUUUACUGCGGGACAGGUUGCCCACUAAGUCAAACCUGAUCUCUCGAGGCAUUUUAUCUUCUACAGCACAUUUAUGUAUUUCUGGAUGUGGGGAAGCAGAGUCAGCACAUCACUUAUUCAUUUCGUGUAGUUGUUUUGGUUCUCUUUGGGCUUUAGUUUGCUCUUGGAUUGGCGUUCCACUGACGAGUUCUACUACUAUCCGGGAUCAUUUCGUGCAGUUCACCUAUUUAGCUGGAGGAUCUCGAGCACGACGGUCUUUUUUGCAGCUUAUCUAG